CCAUAAGAAGCCCGGUGACGGUGGAGCUGCGGCAGCCUGCACGAUGGCGGACGAAGUGGCGAAGGCACAAGUUGCAAAGCCGGGAGGCGACACGAUUUUCGGGAAAAUUAUACGCAAGGAAAUUCCUGCGAAAAUAUUAUACGAAGAUGAACAGUGCCUAGUCUUCCACGAUGUGGCCCCCCAGGCCCCCACCCACUUCCUGGUGGUCCCCAAGAAGCCGAUCGCUCAGCUGUCCACGGUUGAGGAAGGGGACGCCGCUCUCCUGGGGCACCUGAUGCUGGUGGCGAAGCAGUGUGCGGAGAAGGUGGGGCUGCCCAAGGGCUACCGGGUGGUGCUGAACGAGGGGAGCGACGGGGGCCAGUCCGUGUACCACAUCCACCUCCACGUCCUGGGGGGCCGGCAGAUGGGCUGGCCCCCCGGCUAACCGCCCAACCGUCCGCCCCGUAACUCCUCCCCAAACCAACCCAGCUACCCGCCCAACCGUCCGCCCCAUAACUCCUCCCCAAACCAACCCAGCUACCCGCCCAACCGCCCGCCCCGUAACUCCUCACCAAGCCAACCCGGCUAACCGCACAACCGUCCACCCUGUAACCCCGCCCCAAAUCACCCCAACUAUCCGCACAACUGUCCACCCCAUAACCCCACCCCAAAUCACCCUAACUAUCCGCCCAACUGUCCACCCCAGGCCACCCCAGCUAACCACCAAACUAACCCCCCCUCCCAUGACUCUCACAGUCUCCUCCUGGUGAACCACCUGACCCCCAAUACCCCCAAACCCCCCCACCCACACAACACCCCCAAACCCCCCGACCCACACAACACCCCCAACACCCCCAAACCCCCCAACCCACACAACACCCCCAAACCCCCCACCCACACAACACCCCUAAACACCCCCCACCCACACAGCACCCCCAAACCCCCCGACCCACACAACACCCCCAAACCCCCCGACCCACACAACACCCCCAAUACCCCCAAACCCCCCACCCACACAACACCCCUAAACCCCCUGACCC